GUAGAUGUUGCGGCUAGUCGUCUACUCAGCGAUGAGCAGAACCAGCGGCUCUUGGACUAUCUCAGUCCCUCACGCAUCCCAAGAGUGGUUACUGUGCUCCAGCUGUACAAGCCUGAUGGCCAAGGUGGCUGGCACCGCAGCCACACCGGUGUCGCGGACAUUGAACGCGACAACUCGACCAGGUUCUACUACAUCCGAAUCUACAACCUAGAUAAGAUGUCCCAGCUCUUUGAGCAGCGUCUCUUUCUUGAAAUGGAAUACACAGAACACACGAGCGAGUUUGCCACACUCAAUGGUGACGAAGGCCCUCUUGGGCUGGCCUUUGCGGCAGCCGAUGAGGCUGUUAAGUUCAAAAAUGUUUUGGCACGUAUUAUGCAAAAAUUUAUGAACAAGAUGAACGAGAUAUCCGCCCCCAUGAAUGGCAGUGGGGCACCGAAUUUACCUCUGUCGAACCUAGUACCGGUCAACCAGUUGCUAAGCACCUCCGCCAAUGCAUCUCACUCAUCGCGAUUCCGUAGCACUUUUAGUAGCAUUCGCAAGAAGCCAAAGCACAAUAGAUCGGAUUUGAUUAGCCGCCCAUUUGGGUUUCAUCACAUCCAACACCUUGGUUUUAACAAAGACUCACAGCAGUUUGACGCCUCUGGUUUGCAAGAUGAGCUCCUUCAGGCCUUUUUGGAACUGGGUGGUCUUGGUGAGCAAGUUAAGACAGAGGAAGAAAAGCAAUUUGCGGUUAAUUUCAUCAAAGAAAAAUGUGGUUUCGAUAAGGUUAGUUAUGUAAUCAUUUUGCCUCUCUAUUUAAAUGAGGCGAUGAAACAUCCUGUGCGUCAAGCGCCUCAGCCACCAACUACAAACUUCAACCAGCCUACCCAUUCAGUUCCGCCAGUCCCAAUGCCACGAUCCUUCCCCCAAAAGCCGUCAAUAGCGCCUCCUCCUAUUCCUGCGUCAUUCCCCUCACAGCCCAAAAUCCCACCACCACCUCCGCCCCUCCCACGAUCUGAAACGGGGGGUUCAGCUAUACCUCCACCUCCUCCUCCCCCCCCUCCUCCACCACACCCUCCUGCUCCCCUCAUUCCCACUUCUGCGGGUGGAGAGCGAGACAAAGUGCGACCACCCGCUGCAAUCCCACUCUCUAUCUCGGAUGAAAUCCGAUCUUUCAACAAAGACAGGCUCAAGAAUGUCGAUAGCGAACCGCCACCACCGGCUCUUGUGAGUGAGGAUCGUCGUGGUGAUCUGGAGGCUUCUUUGAGUGCUGCUCUCAAUAAGCUUCUCUCCCAGAGACGUCAAUACCUGUCAGAUGAUGAGGACAACGAUUCAGAUCCUUUUUAA